CUGCAAUCUAGACUGACCGACCCAGUGGGAGAAGAUGUUGGGGGAUCUCGGACUCCUCCCGGCCUCUCCUGCCACCAUCUUCCUCAUUUUGGUCUUUGCUGCUGACCUGGGUGCGGGCUCCAGGAACCUGACGGUGGACCCAAGCCCACCGUCUGUGACAGUGGUUGAGGGCGACACGGCCCGCCUCAAGUGUUUCAGCAGUGGCAAUAGCUCCAACAUCACCUGGUGGUACAACCUCCACAAUACCAACCACACGGUCUUCCUGAACACCUCCAAAAGUGACUGGGGUAUCAUCAAGAAGGGCGAACUCAUCAUCGAGAAGGUGAACAAAACACAUCGCGGCCUGUACUUCUGCAAGGCGAUGGACGGGAAAGUGCAGAUGCGCUCCUGUGGCACCUACCUGCGUGUGCGCGAGCCAAUUCCCAGACCCUUCCUGGACAUGGGAGAGGGCACGAAGAACAACAUCAUCACCGCCGAGGGGGUCAUCCUGCUCUUUUGCGCCGUGGUGCCCGGGACACUGCUUCUGUUUCGGAAGCGAUGGCAGAACCUGAAGUUUGGGGUGGAGGCCCCGGAUGACUAUGAAGAUGAAAAUCUCUAUGAGGGCCUGAACCUCGAUGACUGCUCCAUGUAUGAGGACAUCUCACGAGGCCUCCAGGCCACCUACCAGGACGUGGGCAGCCUCCACAUCGGAGAUGUGCAGCUGGAGAAGCCCUGAGCCCCCUGACCACCGGCGGCCCCUGCACACCCCCAAACCCCAACCCCGACAGGUCUCCUCACAGUCUUUCCUGUGUCCACUUGCCCUCGGGUCCACCCUUCUUCCCACUAGACUGUCCUCCCUCCCACAGGCCUGAUCCUCCCUACUCCCCCCUCCCCAGCAUAAUGAGCCCUU